GGUCCUGUGAAAUGUAUCCUCUGGCGGACACGCCCACCGGCACAAUUUAAACAUUCCGCUUACAGGAAGCGGCUGCAGCUUUCUACAGUCCAGGCGUGACACACGGACAGACACUAAGCGGACUUUACUCUGAGUACGACGUUAAACUUACAAAGCAGUCUUGCACCCUCCCUCUCUCCCUCUCCACCUGGAUGGCAGGGGUGUUGCGAGCGCUUCUUAGCGCCUCAGAGAAGGCUGCAAACAUUGCUCGAGUGUGCAGACAGGAGGGGGCGCUGUUCCAGCUGCUCAUCCAAGAGAAGACGGGAGCAGACAAGAACAAAAAGUUCAUCCAGGACUUCAAAACCCUGGCAGACGUCAUCAUUCAGGAAGUAGUGAGACACGAUGUCGGCAAGCAGUUCCCAGAGCUCCUGCAUGCCAUCCAUGGAGAGGAGUCCAAUACGUUUGAGAACAAACUGGGAGGGCGUGUGGAGGUGCAGGUGUGCUCCACGGAGACGGACACCGCCGCUCUGCUGUGCUCGGUUCUGGAUGGCAACAAGGAGGCUGCAGGGCUGCUGGCACAGACUAUUCACCAGGAGAUUGAGCUCCGAGACCCGGCUGCAGAGAGGCUCGAGCUGGCCAUUCCUACCAGCAGCAUGGGCAUCUGGAUCGACCCGAUUGACUCCACCAGCCAGUACAUUAAGGGGCGAGGGGAUGUAGAGCCAGAGAAGGGGCUGUACCCAUCCGGCCUGCAGUCAGCGCUGGUCCUGAUCGGAGUGUACGAUCGGGGGAGUGGGGAGCCCAUCAUGGGGGUGAUCAACCAGCCCUUCAACAUGUGCGACCCGGGAUCACUCAGGUGGCAGGGCCAGUACCAUUGGGGAGUCUCCUAUCAGGGCCUGAGCGCAUCAUCGCUGGCUAGACCGGCACCCCCUCCUCACAAGGAGCUCUCUGUGGUGCUGAGCAGCAGUGAGACGGAGACGGUUAAGCAGGCUCUGAUGCCCCUGUGUGGCCGGAGGAUGUAUCGCGCCUCAGGAGCCGGCUAUAAGUUUCUCUGUGUAAUUCUGGGCCUGGUGGACGCAUAUGUCUUUUCUGAAAACACGACCUUCAAAUGGGACUCCUGCGCCCCUCACGCCAUCCUGUGCUCCCUGGGUGGAGGGGUGGCAGACCUGGCAAGCAGCCUGAGUCACCCCCACGGGGGUCUGCCCGAACUGCAGUACCACCAGCCACGAGAUGGGGUGCAGGGGGUGGAGAGGUGGGCGAACCACGGGGGCUUGGUGGCUUUCCUCUCUGAGCAGAGUUUGAAAGAGAUUCUCAGUGCUCUGUCUGGAAAUGUGCUGCAGUAGCUGCUUGUACAGGGGUUGGGAAUGAGCUGGGUUGUGUUUAAAGUGCAGCUAACAAAACAGAUUUAAAACAUGGUACCUGGUGCUACACUUGGGAAAGCCAUGCUUUCAGUCAGGGUUUCACUUCCAUGGUCACCUGCAGGGUGGAAUUAUACCCAUCUAGGAAGUGCAAGUGGAGCAGAUGGUUUUAAUGAGGAAUAUACACUUUCUUUAACUUCUUGUAGUUCCACAUAUCAUGUUUGAAAAUGGAAAGAAUGUCUGUUAAACUGCUCCUUUGAGACGAGCGAACGGAAGUGAAAACAAGAUGUGUGGAAUUAUUUUGUUCACUCCAGUAUAACCUUUAACCCAACCCCAACCCUAAAUAUUGGGAUGCUUGUUGUAAUGAAGAGAGUUAUUUAAUAAGUGGAUAUGUACAAGAGUGCUGACUGUACUGGAUUAACUUAUUCAUCAUGUUUUAAAUACAGGAUUCAAAAUGUCAUAUUUGCGGGAAACUGGUUCUUGGUCCAAGAGAGCUGGUAGCCAAAUGUCGUUAUACCAAACUGUAUGGGAUGGUUACGUUUGAAAGAUUUUUGGAAUAUUAGGAUUUAUGAAAAUUGAUCUCAAGUAUGAUAGAACUGGACACGGUCAGGAUGUCUCGCCCGAGCGGCUGAGCGCAGCGAUCUGCUCAGGGUUUGCAUCUCAUACUCAACAUAGCCAAACAAAGGAAGCGUGUGGAGAAGAAACCGGCAGGGAAAUCACUGCCAUUGUGGCUGAUUUCCUUUCAUGUAGGUAAAGCACACAUGGGACAGUCUCUUCAUUGUUUUUCUUUAAGCUUUAGUGUAUUCACCGAAGGCAGAAAACUUUGUUGAAUUGAACAGUGCUGACCCUGCUCCGGCAUUGCUUUUUGUUUUUUUUAUUCAUGAUAAACACAAUGACAAACCCUGGCUGCUUGUUUGGCUGUGCUCUCCUUCGAACAGCUUCCUUUCUAUUUGGAUGAGCCCAUGGGUGCAUUUAUUUGUUACCGCCGGUUUAUUUAAAACAAAACAAUACAAUCCCACAAUCCCCCAGUGACCUUUGACACACGGAAAGUAUUUCCAAGGUUGGCCAGGUUUGGAGAAAAGCCCUGAAACGCUUUUUAGAUUUCGGAGGCUCGCCGUGGGCAGUGGAAAUGAGGUGCAGGUCGAUUAGGUGAAAAUAGAUGAAUAGUACUGUAUUUGAUAAUGUCUGGUGCUCGAAUUGUGAAUGUAACACCAUGCUGCGUGUACACCGUAUUUCAAACUAUUUAUUCAUAUGUUAUAAAAUCUAAUUUGUGUUAAUGGAUUGCAACUGCACUUCAUCUGAAACCACACACCUCCUGAAAUCAUUACUCCAUCUGAAACCGCACGCCUCCUGAAACCGCUACUCCAUCCUGAAACCGCUACUCCAUCCUGAAACCGCACGCCUCCUGAAACCGCUACCCCAUUCUGAAACCGCACGCUUCCUGAAACCGCUACCCCAUUCUGAAACCGCACGCUUCCUGAAACCGCUACCCCAUUCUGAAACCGCAACUCCAUCCUGAAACUGCAACUCCAUCCUGAAACCGCACGCCUCCUGAAACUGCUACUCUAUCUGAAACCAUAAUGUUGUUGACGCUGACACCCUGGGAUCCUUCAAGAAGCUGCUUGAUGAGAUUCUGGGAUCAAUAAGCUACUAACAGCCAAACGAGCAAGAUGGGCCGAAUGGCCUCCUCUUGUUUGUAAACUUUCUUAUGUUCUUAUAACUCCAUCUGACACCGCAACUCCUAUCCUAAAAAUAACAAUAACUGAAACUGCAACUCCAUCCUGAAACCACUACCCCAUCCUGAAACCACGCACUUCACAAUCACGUGACCAUUAGCUGAUGGCCAGAUUCUGAAUUCCACUAUCACCACUGCCCUGGGACAGACAUCCUAAGCGCACAUCGACGUGGUGAGAAUGACCCAAGUACUUUUUGGUUUGUCUGUUCAACAGUUUUAUGGCUACAAUUUGUUGGUUUUCAACUUUUAGUUCUAAGUAAUGAUUUAGACUGUCCUUAAAAUGAGUUUUAUUACCUUUCCUGACAAAGCAUUAAAAAACAUUUAUGCUAAAACUAGUUCAUUCCAGCCCAGCAGCUAUGCUGUGUUUACACACUGAGUGUCUUAAUUCCUCAGACAAUGUCAUUGUAAACUGAAUAAUAUGUACUGUAUUUUUCAUUUUGGGAGAGUGGGGUUGAGGGUAGAUGCUGGUGGUUAAAACACCUUUCUUUAAAUUAUUUAUUUAUAUAUAAAUAUAUCAAAGUUUAAAAGUGUAGAUUUUUAGACAUUAAUAAUUCUUCUGAAGUGCUGUUGUAAUGUUAUUAUUAUUUUUUUAUGUAUUUCUGUAUUUUGUGCUGCCAUUAGGUGACCUGUAAACAAGACCUAUAGUGUCAGUGGUUAUGCUGUACAGUGUAAUAAAAAAUAAACGGUUAUUCUGA